AUGCAGACUGUGUGUCUGACCCUAGGCAGAUGCUCGACAAUCCCCUUGCCGCCUGGCUGCCCCUUCCCCGCAGCCCAGGCGGGCUCUUCGUCCCCAUGUUGCCCCCCGCCGGAUCCCCUGACUAGCUGGAUUUCACACCUUCCCCUCCAUCACCCUCGAGCGCCCAGCCCGGGCAUCUUCCUGUGCCUCGCUAUUAGAGGUCUCCUCACCUCCCCUGUUUCCCUGCCCUUCUCCCCCAAGCCCGUGCCACUCCACCCCACCACAACCAGUUGCGCAUAG